UUUUUCGGGUUAUUAGUAUUUGGUGACGCGGAAUUAGUUCGGGAACAUCAGUCUUGUUCACCUUCUAGGGCUUUAUUAAUAUGUCUAAGAUACUUUUGUGUUUUUUUGGUUUAAUUUUGGUUCAGUAUGUGGACAGUAGGAUGACCGAUAAGCAGUUGGUAGCUGCGGUUAAGUUGGUUAGGAAUAUGUGUACGGGAAAAACGAAGGCUUCCCCAGAAGAGAUUGAUAAAAUGCAUCAGGGAAACUGGGAUGUUGAUUAUAAUGCACAGUGCUACAUGUGGUGCAGCCUAAAUAUGUACAAACUGAUGGACAAAGAGAACAAUUUCGAUAGAAAAUCUGCUGAAGCCCAAAUGAGCCAGCUGCCCGCCUCUUUACUUGAUUAUGUGACCAAAUGCAUGGAUCAGUGUGAACAUGCAGCUAAAAGAUUAGAUGACAAAUGCAUCGCAGCCUGGGAAUACUCAAAAUGCAUGUACUUCUGCGAUCCGGAGCAAUACUUCUUGCCUUAGAAGGACCCUUUUAACACCCUUAAACUGUUAAUAUUCAUUCAACCAAUUGCAAAUUCAAUAAACUUAUUUUAACCGAA